AUGCCAGAGGAGCCCUCCACACGACUUUUUCGGGAAGCCUUCGCUCUGGGUCGCGAAAUCCGCGUGGAUGAGACUUCGCAAUACAGGCAUAUGGAGCUUGCCUGGCCGGAGUAUUUGGUUGCAAUGGGUGCAAUCAUGCGGCUACAGCAAGACUUUGAUCCUGAGUUUUUUGCGGAGAGUCUAUCAAACUUCUUCGAGACGCUCAUACCUCUGAGUGACAGCCUACUGGCGGGCAACCCAGCUACUGCAGGCCGCAAGGUUGGGAAUUCGAAGGACCAGGCGCUGCUGGUGCUCAUUGCUCAGGUCUUUCAGGAAGCUGAUGAGGAUGAGACAGGAACCAUCGACCAGACAGAAUUCCGCACGUUCUUUCAGCAGCCGAAGGUCCGCUUUGAGUCAGAUUCUAUUUCUUGGCCGAGAUCCAACUUGAACAUGAUGUUCAACUCAAUGGAUGCGGAUGGUCAAGGAUUGCUGACCUUUGACGAGCUGUGUGACGGCUUCUUGAAGAUGGCGUCCAUCAUGAGGAGCAAUGAGCGUGCCAUCUCUUACAUUCGCAAGGUCUUUACCGAGUCUGAUGACGACGGAUCUGGCAGCUUAGACAAGGCCACCGACCUGUCAGACUUGUUCUCGCUGAUCGAUGAGGAGCGGUGUGAAGCAGAAUGGGAGCGUCCGGAUGGUAGUGGCAGCGUGACUGAGGAUGAGGUCGUUGCUGGCCUGGUCAUGCUGCGCGACCCCAAAACUGCGGGUGAACGUGGUGUGGCGCUGCUCAGCAAGAUCUUCCAUGAGGCGGAUUUGGAUGGUAGUGGAGCCUUGGACAAGUACGAGUACGUGACGGCCUGGAACCUUUGGGAGCGAUGUUUUGCGCCCAAGCCUUGCCGAUCCUUGCCUGGCAAGGCUUUCUCGGAAGAGCAAGUGACCCAGCAGCUCAUGGCUCGAAAUCUCAAGGUCCCGGACUGGGAAGGCCUCUUUGAAGUCCUGGAUGCCGAUGGAAGUGGAACCCUCCAGUGGGAUGAGCUUCGUGAAGGAGCGUUCUUUCUUUCUAUCUAUCUAUCUAUCUUUCCUUCUUUCUUUCCUUAUUUCUUUAUUUCGUUCUUUCGUUCUUUCUUUCUUUCUUUCUUUCUUUCUUCGUGA